AAACAUAGUUAGGUCCUAGCUGGGAAACUCGAGUUUUGAUCAUGCUAAGUAAAUUUCCCAAUGAAACAUACUCCGUGUGCACCAAUCCUAUAGUUGUUUCCGAUAAAAUUGGAACCACAGAAUAAAGUAAAGAUUAGGAUGACUGCCAGGAAGAUGCGCGCAAAUCUAUAGCAGUUUUAAUUUAAACAAACCCGCAUUUAGCAGUUGGCAGGCACGCAAUAAAUACGGAUAAUUUCACUGUCUUUAAUACUCCCGGUCCUCUGUCACAAGUUUCACAACGGCAGAAGUUCUCUUCAGAAGGAAGAAAAUAUGAGGCUUGUUAUUAGUACCUGUUUGGCAGUUUCUUUGUUUCUUAAGGUCUUGCUUAGUGGUUCAACGGUCGCAGCGCAUGCGCCAACUUGGCAAAGGCAUUCAGAAGGAUACUGCGCCAUGUAUGGCAUAUGUGGAAAACGUGUGGAUGGGAAAAUGCUGAAUUGCCCCUUUGGUUCCCAAUCUAUUAGGCCAGAUAAGUUGCUUUCAUCUAAGGUUCAAAGUUUGUGCCCAACAAUUACUGGAAAUGUAUGCUGUGCAGAGGCUCAAUUUGAAAUUUUAAGAUCUCAAGUCCAGCAAGCAAUCCCGUUUCUUGUAGGCUGUCCAGCAUGCCUGAGAAAUUUUUUAAAUCUAUUCUGUGAACUUUCAUGUUCUCCAAACCAGAGUCAAUUUAUAAAUGUGACAUCUGUUUCAAAGGUUAACAAAAACAUGACUGUAGAUGGUAUUGAUUUUUUUAUAACUGACACUUUCGGGGAGGAGUUAUUUGAAUCAUGCAAGGAGGUAAAAUUUGGGACUAUGAAUACCCGAGCAAUUGACUUCAUUGGUGCAGGGGCUAAAAAUUUUAGAGAGUGGUAUGCAUUUAUUGGUAGAAGAGCUGCACUUGGCUUGCCAGGAUCUCCAUAUGCCAUAAAUUUUACAUCAACUGCUCCUGAAUCUUCUGGAAUGAAAGCUAUGAAUGUGUCCGCGUAUUCCUGUGGCGACAAUUCAUUGGGCUGUUCUUGUGGUGAUUGUCCUUCGGCUUCUGCAUGCUCAAGUUCAGCCCCUCCGCCUGCUGUGAAGAAAGAGUCUUGCUCUAUUAGAAUAGGUUUUCUCAAGGCAAAGUGUAUUGAAGUUUCUGCAGCAAUAACUUAUAUCGUCCUGGUCUCCUUUUUUCUUGGAUGGGGUUUUCUUCAAAGGAGAAAAGAAAGAAGUUCAGCUUCCAGGACAAAGUCAUUGAUAAGUGCUCCUGAUACGGGUGUCAUCCGCCAAAUUAACAAGAAAAAAGACAAGAAUGUGCCAACACAGAUGUUCGAAGAUGCACCACAUAUUUCAAGUAACGUUCAACUUUCAAUCGUGCAACGGUACUUGUCAAGUUUUUUCAGGGUAUAUGGAACAUGGGUGGCAAGGCAUCCCUUAUGUGUUCUAUGCUCAUCUUUGGCUAUUGUUCUGGUACUUUGUUUGGGAUUGCUUCAUUUUAAAGUUGAAACAAGACCUGAGAAG